AUGGCAUGCAGAAUCUAUCUGACUCCAAACAACAAGGUCAAACUAACAGGGGUUGGGGUCUUCCAGGAUCAUGAGUAUUUCGUUCUCGAUAAAGAAAAUGCACAAUGGUAUACCGAGAAGGACAGUGACUUCUUCACAGUGUAUGGUAUGCGGGAGAUGAAGGGCCUCUACCUGUUUCACGAUCGAUGCUGGGGUCGCGUCAUGGAGCAUUUUUCUCCUGAUGAGUUCGAUUUAGUCAGUCUUCACAAGGCUUUAUUACCUUUUCCAAGGUCAACAGCUUUAGAGCCACCUUCGUACUGCCUCGCGAGUAGAUACGAAGAUAAAGAAGAGGCUCUUUAUGCUCUACCCUCUAUCGAUCAACUCAUGCUGUCUCCAAAAGCGGUCCCUAACACCCUGGAUUCAGUCAGAAAGCUGGCGACUAAAACCGAUGUGUUCAGUGUUCUUCCAGUUGAAAUAUCCAACGACAGUAAGAAUCCCGACAAAAUGAGUCACGAGACUGACUGGCGAUUACUUUAUCAUUGUACUUGUAAGAUCAAGUGCGGCCUGGAGUUUGAUUUUCAGAUUGGCAUAUGGGAAUCAAUGAGAUGGUUAAGAGACGCAACUUUGGCCUUCAAAUCCGGUACCACUGAGAUGCCAUUGCACUACCGCGGCAAGGCGCUCCAAGACUACCAUAAUUAUUAUGCCACUUUAUGGAUGGGAAAUACACAUACAGAGUCAGUUGAUAUAGGCCCAUCUCUUAGUGAAAUUGCAAUAUCAGGGGUCAAAAUUGGUGAUUACGCGUAUAUAAGUGGAAUCAAAUUCAUUUUUGAUGAUGAUCGACCAGAUGUCUUGAUCGGCUAUGCAGCACCUGGGGCGACGAUUAUGCAUGGACUGGUUGACGAACGUCAACAAGGACUUAAGUGGAAAUUCCUAGGGAUUCAAAUCAGAGUAAAGGUGUCAAAUCUGCUUGGUUUCAGUUUCUAUACUGAUGAUGAUUACAUCCGAUCGAUCAUGAUACUCCAUCUCACGGAAGUCCAGCUGGCUUUACUCAUGGGACUUACCCUGGGGGGCCAUCCCUCUAUAUUCCUCGUAGAUGAGGUCACCAAAGUCAUUGCUGUAUUUGAAGCGAGUUCAAUUCUAAUUUCUAACACCAUCGACAGAGUCAUGAGACUAACACUAGGAAUAGGGCCUUAA